AUGAGUGGAACAACUACAGAAGUACACCUUUUAGGUCAGGCACCUGGAUAUGGAGUUCUAGUUGGAGUUGGGGCAUUCUUCGCAAUUUCAAUAGUGAUUGCAACCAAACUCAUGUCAAGAUACUUACAUGAAAAUGCAAAGUCAACCGAAAUGUUCAUGGUUGCAAACAGAACCGUUGGAAUUGGAUUGACUGCAAGUGCAGUCUUUUCGUCUUGGACCUGGGCAACAGAAUUUCUUUGGUCCGUAACAAUGGUCUACAACUAUGGUGUGAUGAGUUCAUUCUAUUUUGCUUCUGGACUUGCGCUUCACAUUUGUCUUAUGACGGUGGUCGGUAUUUUAUCUAAAAAGAGAAUCCCAAGUAGUCACACUUGUUUAGAACUUGUUGACUUGAGGUAUGGUAAGGCAUGUCAUCUACUCUUCUUGUUUUUAUGUUUGGUUAACAACUUACUUUCUUGUUCAUUCAUGAUUUUAGGUGCAGCUGGUGCAAUUUCUGUUAUUGCAGGGAAUCUUCAUAUAGCUGCAAGCAGCAUGUUAAUCCCAUUUGGAGUUUUACUUUAUACUUCGGUUGGUGGGUUGAAAUCCACUUUCUUGACAGAUUUCAUUCAUACUUUUAUACUAUUGAUUAUCCUAUGUUAUAUUAAUACGGCUGUCAUAUCAUCUCCUCUUAUUGGUGGGCUAGAUGGACUCUACGAUAAAGUCAUUCAACAUGAGGGGAGUAGAUACAUUGAAGGGAAUUACAAAGGUUCUUUCUUGACAGGAAAGUCAGAGGGUGCAAUAAUAUUUGGAAUUAUUCACACUAUUGGUAAUCUUGGGUUGACUGUUAUGGAUAGUUCCUUUUGGCAAAAAAGUUUUAGUUCAAACAUCCACUCUGCGGUUCCUGGUUAUCUUCUAGCAGCAGUUUUCAUUUUCGCAAAUGUUUGGCCACUAGGUACUAUAAUUGGCUUAUCUAAUAUUGUUUUGGAGGAUAGCCCAGCCUUUCCUACGUAUCCUAGAAAGAUGAGCACUUAUGAAAUUAAUAGUGGAUUUGGAACACCCUACGUUUUGAAGGCUGUGCUCGGUGAUGGUGCACUAGGUGGAAUGUUACUUGUCUUUUACCUAUCAGUCACAUCUACCGUUAGUGCUCAAAUGAUAUCUGUCAGUAGUAUAAUUUCUUUCGAUAUUUAUAAAAAGUACAUUAGGCCUGGAGCGCAAAACAAACAAUUGAUUAGGGUUUCACACUUUGGAGUGGUGUUUUUUGGGCUAUUUUCUGCCGGCUUUUCUAUCAUGUUACAUUAUGUUGGUGUUGAUAACACUUGGAUGGGCUACUUCAUUUCCAUGGUUAUUUGCCCCGGUGUUGUUCCAUUAGUGUUAACAAUUACUUGGGACGGACAAACUGCAUUGGGGGCAUUUGUCGGUCCUGUAGCAGGUGUGAUUGUGGGCAUUGCUGUCUGGCUAUCUACAGCAUACCAUUGGUACGGUGAAAUUUCUAUCGUCUCUACUGGACAACAAUUACCUUGCUUAUACGGAGGUUUGACGGCAAUUUUACUUCCUGCAAUUUUAUCUGUUGUGAUUAGUUUGACUAUAAAACCUCAUAAAUUUGAUUGGGAAAAGUUUAAAGAGGCCAGGAUCAUAGUUGCAACUGAAAACGACGAAGGAGCUGAAAAGAACAAAUCCGAUGAUGAAGAAAAGUCUGUUUCUACGGGUAAAGAAAGUGUAAAGAAUGAUUUUACUAUAGCAGCUGAACCAAUAGAUAGUCCAGAUGCUAUAGCCAAAGAGAAGAAGAGGGUUGACUUGUUGGUUAAAAUAGCAUGGGGUGCUUUCAUCUUCGUAUUUCUCUUAACCUGGGUCCUUUGGCCAUUGCCAUUAUACCGUGACUACAUCUGGAGUAAGGAAUUUUUCAGAGGCUGGACUACCGUGUCAUUAAUUUGGAUUUACUUGGCAUUCUUGGCGAUUGGAGUUUAUCCAUUAUAUGAUGGAAGACGUUCUCUUUACAAGGUUUUCAAUGGAGUCUAUCAGGAUUAUGUGAAGAGAAAGGGAAAGUAA